UUGACAGUUCUGAGAGAAAAAAAUAAUUACUGCAGAAAGAAAUGCAAGCGUUAGUUUUAAAAUAUUUCUGAGUUUUUGCUAUUGAUUACUUUUAAGCGAAAAAAAAAUGUCAAAAUACGGAAACUGUCCAAAGCGUAACGUUUUAUCUUUCAUUAACGGACGUGAACCAAGCAUUGAUCGGCGAAACCGUCCAUUUCCAUUAAACGUUUUUAAAGCAAUUGACAAUACAGAAGAAUUUGGUACCGAACAAAGUAUUGCAAACUCCGAUAAUACAAGUAGUAAUGGUUCGAAAACGAAUUCCAUUGGUGAAGAUGGCGCUAUGGUGUAUCUUCGCUUGCGUCCUGUUGAAUGUAUUUCGGAAAUGUAUAAAAUUGUAGAUGCAGGAAAUACUCUCGUAGUAAAUCCUCGUUCAGAACAAUCAACGACGACCAACAGUAAAACUGCAAUGGAAAAACAUUACACCUUUACAGGCAUAUUCGACAGCAAUGAUAGCCAAAAGGAUGUAUACAACAGGUGCAUAGGUAAUAAAAUAAAAUUGGAAGAGAGUUUCACAGUGCUGACUUAUGGUACAUCUGGUUCCGGAAAGACUUUUACACUUUUAGGUGAUGAUGAUAA